GAUGAGGAUGGAGGUGUAGCUGGCGGGUCACAUGCGCACCUAGGGGCUGAGCUGGGCAGACUGGAUUUCUUUUUUUUUUUUAACAUCUUGAUUGGAGUAUAAUUGCUUUACAAUGGUGUGUCAGUUUCUGCUUUAUAACAAAGUGAAUCAGUUAUAUGGAUUUCAUUUUAAGAGCUAUUGGACACCACUGACGGCUUUUGAGCGAGUUGGGCUGUGAAGUGGGUCCUCUGGUCGCCUGUGGAGAGCACCUCCUGGGUGGGAGGUGGGAUGCGAGUGGAGCUGGCAACGCGAGUCCAGCUAGUAGAGGCUCCCGCGUGGUCCAGGAGAGAGGCUGGGGGCGGGGAGCUAGAGCUGACAGUCCGCUGAUGGUGGGCCUGGGGGAAGCCGACUCCCAGCCUCUGGCCUCAGGAACUGGCUUGGUUUGCGUACCGGGGAGGCGAGAGGGAGAGAAGGAGGUGUGGCUGGGCCCCAGGGGCAGAGCUUUCCGGUGGGGCUGCAGCGGCUUCGCUUUCAGAGCAUCAGGCCCUACGGCCCCGGCAAGGAGGAAGCUCUCUGCAGACGCGGCCCGGCAGGCCCGGCAGAAGCCACAGGCCCUGGAGGAAGUGAGCUUCUUGCCCCUGCGGGGCCCCCGCCGCCCUAGGGAACCCGGAAGCUGUUUUGGUUUGGAAUCCGGGGACCACUGUUCGCGCUCCGUGGUCUUCGUUUCCUGGCGUGGAGGAAGCAGCCAGGGCCGGCAAGGCAGUGAUGGAGCCGGAGUCUCUCUACAACCUGCUGCAGCUCCCCGGGAGGGUGGACCAAGCAGCCGGGGUGACACUCUCACAAGGAGAAAAGAAGAAGUUCCUGCCACCCACUUCCAGGAAGGAUCCCAAACUUGAAGAACUGCAAAAGGUGCUGACGGAGUGGAUCAAUGCUAAGCUCCUGCCCGAGCACAUCGUGGUCCGCAGCCUGGAGGAGGAUAUUUUCGAUGGGCUCAUCCUGCACCACCUUUUCCUGCCCUCUGCGGUGCCCUUCGCAGAUUGGCUGCAGGACAGUCCCACGAGCUACGGCUUCCUGAGCCCUUGCCACGGAGCAGAGAAGCUGACUGGAGUCAAGCUGGACGUGGAGGAAAUUGCCUUGACCGCGGCUAGCCAGAGACGCAAGCUUGCCGUGGUCCUGGAGGCCGCCAGUCAGAGCCUGCAGGUGGAGGAGCCGCAGGCCCAGUGGAGCGUGGAGAGUAUCUUCAACAAGGACCUGCUGGCCACCCUGCAUCUCCUCGUGGCCCUGGCCAAGUGCUUCCAGCCGGACCUGUCCCUCCCGACCAAUGUCAAGGUGGAGGUGAUCAUCAUGGAGAGCACCAAGAGUGGCCUGAAAUCGGAGAUGUCGGUGGAGCAACUCACUGAGUGCGGGUGUUUAAUGGAUCUGUCUGCAGAGGACGUCUUUGAUGAAUUAUUUAAGCUGGCUCCGGAGAAAGUGAACGCUGUGAAAGAGGCCAUAGUGAACUUCGUCAACCAGAAGCUGGACCGCCUGGGCCUGUCCGUGCAGAAUCUGGACACCCAGUUUGCAGAUGGAGUCAUCUUACUCUUGCUGAUUGGACAACUGGAAGGCUUCUUCCUGCACUUGAAGGAAUUCUAUCUCACUCCCAAAUCUCCUGCGGAAAUGCUCAGUGCCUCUGUCCAUCUGAUGCUCCAUCGACUCUCCCCCGUGGAGAAGGGCUCUGCUCGCUGCCUUCCAGAUCCCCGUGGUCCCUGCACGGCCACCAGCUGCCAUGGAGGACUCUGGCCCCUUGCCCGGGAUGCGGCAGGAGUCCUUGGCGUGGGUGGGACAUGCUCCCCCUGCCCCUGCCCUGUGCCCUCGGCCCAGGACUGCGACCUGCCCCUUUCCCUCUCAGACAGAGUUCUUUCUCGGGGGCUUCAGGCCCUCCUACACGCCUCACUUCCCGACCCUUGUAGGAGCCCGGACAGCUGGAAUUUGCAGGGAAGCCCUGGCUCUGCCUUUAUUAUUCCACGUUCAGGUCUUGCCUUGUGGUUCCAAUCCUGUGUCCACCAUCACACUUGGAUCCACACGGCAGCUUGGAAAGGCCUCUGGAAGAUGCACUGUUCCCCUUGUACAGAUGAGGGGACAAAGGCCCAGGCAGGACAUGUGCCUUGUCUGACCUGUGACUUGUGACCUAGUGGGGCGGGUGCACGGACAUCUAACCUAGAUCUGCCCAGACCCACCAGGAGGUGACUGCAGGCGGCCUAGGCAGGGCGGCCUCCUCGGAUGGGCCUGGCUCAUCUGCUGCUCUGCCGGCCGGGUCUCUGGGCCCCUGGCUAGGUUGCCAUGGGAACUGCCUGGCCUGUGUGAAGCGGGCUUUGGGGCUGGUAUGGUCGGCAGAUGGGGAGGGAAGGGAGCAGCACGGCUGGCCACCAGUCUGGGACAUCCAGUCAGCACGGUGGGCCUGAGACCUUUGAAGGAAGGACCUGCUUGAGGUGCCAGUGAGUCGGGGACUCAGCCAGCUUUAUCCCUGCCUCGUCCUGCCUUGCCCCACGCCCUCUUUUUUGCCACACCAGCCUGCUGCCCCAAGGAGAAGGGCAGGGGUCUUUUCGGUGGGGUCUGAGAAACUAGCUGUGAAAAGGCAGGGAUCCACUAACAGAGGGACUGCUCUGAGCUGAGGGCUGAUGGGGCUCCCCAGGGCCCGUCACCCAGGGUCCUGUAUCGGGGGAGAUGGUGGAGACCCCACUUUGCAGGGAGCAAGUGGAGGGCCCGAGGCACCAAGGGACUUGCUCGAGGCUCCCCAGGACCGAGCGGGGAUCCGAACCUGGGUGGGCCUGACUCUGGCCCGGGGAAUUCUCAGCGCUGGGAGCGGUGUCUCAGGCGCCAGCUCAGGCAGAGGGGUGGCACAAAGGGCAGGCACCUGGGUAGAGGUGGCUCCUCCGGCCCCCAGUCUGCUUUGCAGGCAUCUGGUUCCGACACUUUCCGUCUUGUGAGUUCAGAUGAGCCCUGUGGCCACUCUGAACGUCAGUCUCCUCAUCCAUGCUUUACCCAUGGACCUCAGCUCUCUGUUCCUGAGGGAGUCUCUGUUGCUCACGGGUUUUGGGGCUGCUUCGGAAAAGAUCAGGAUGAACCCAUGCUCCCUUCCCUGGUUAGUCCCCUCACCUGGCAGGACUCACCCCCAGGUGUCACCUCCACCAGGAAGCCUUCCCUGAUCCCUGGGCUGGGUGCCUUCCUCAGGGACUGCCUUUACCACUAGAGGUGGCCUCCUUGCUGCACGUUGG